GAAGAUUCCAACAAAUUCGUUAUUUAAUUUGCCAGCAAACACUCCAAAAUCUUAAUUCAAAAAAUUGGAUAAAAAUUGGAUGUGGAUACUUUUCCGCCGUUAAAGACACAUUCUCUUUCCUCUCCGUGGUUGUCGUCACGGAUUGAUAUGGAAGCCAUUGGAACAUUGCCAAAGAAGGAGGCUUGACCGUCUUGACAAGUAGAUUACACCCUUCUAUCCUUUUCUUUGGUCCAAGAGCCAAAUUGUAAGUGGACAAAGAGAUUAGGAUGGAGGGAGUACUCCGUAUUACUUAUUUGAUAGAAGAGUUAAGAGUACAACAUAAAGAAAAAGAUAUAUGGAGUAAAGUACAAGUGAAGAUUGGGUCAUUCAGUUUCUACUUCAUUUCAAGCACACAAAAGGAGUAGCUCGGGAAUGAUGUAGCACUCCUUACAUGCCUAAGGGUCGACAGUGUAUUUUUAUUGAAGGGUAUAAAGAUUACUGAAGAGAGGAAUGGAAGAUACUCCCUCCGUCCAAGAAUUUCUUUCCUGGUUUCACUUGGCACGGAGAUUAAGAAAAGUUGAAAGUGUUAAGACUAUCCAUGUGUUGCCCUUGAUGUAAUGGAAUAAAGUGAAUAGUGUAGAUAAAAAGUAAGGGUAAGAUGGUAUAUUCAUUAAAAGUUUUUUGCCAAAAGAGUAAACGGGAAAGAAAUUUUUGGACGCUCCAAAAAAGAAAGUGAGAAAGAAAUUAAUGGACGGAGGGAGUAUUAUAGGGGAAAAGUGGGAAAUGUUUGGGCUGAAUAAGCUUAGUAUAGGAGGAGAAAAGGUAAUUAUAAAACAUUACAAUUUCAAUGUUUAAUUGUUUGGACUUUGGAUUCCAUUGGACAACAUAAACCCAGUUGAAUCACACAAUUGUUUGGAUCCCAAUGGAAGUAAGAAAAUGAUUGUACAAUUUAUUUAAAAAACUAUGUUUUUUUUGGGGGGGGGGAGGGAAGAGUGAGAUAUAAAGAGUUUGGAGGAAAGUGUAGGUGUUAUUUUUCUUGUGUUGCCCUGGUCCAUGAUCUCAAAGAUAUCCCCAUUAGAUAUUUAGAUAAUGAACCCGCUCUAUUGCCCAUGGUGAAGAGAUAGAGCUUCAGAUCCUAUAGUCCGAGACUGAUAAGGAAGAUGCGUCUAAUUGCUUCAGCUCUAAUAUUAUUAUUGAUUUUGUGAUGAUGAUACUAGGAAACCCAAAUCCUUAUUAGGAAUAUUAACUAUCAUAUAAUAAGAGAACUCAUAGGAAAAUGAUGAUGUUUGAAUUUACAAUAUCAAUCUUGCAAGAGAACAAGACAAUAGCAAAACCUAAUAUCACUUCAAUACUGCCCCCUGACGUUUUCCAGGCAUGUGGAAAUAAGAUACGAUGAUGACAAGUUUAGUAUUUUCAUCUCAUUAUUACUUCAGAUAGAGUAUGCAACAGGAAUGACAUCAGGUGUAAAAUGUUGCCACUAUGCUUUUUGCAUGAAUUUAUAGUAUGGAUUAAUCUUUUAUGCUCCCUCCAUCUCAUAAAAAGGUUCCACAUUUCUUCAAAAAGGAUCCGCUUUCCACUCUUGGAAACAUUUUUUUGGCCCUUAUCAUUCUACCACACAAUUUCAUUUCACUUUUCUUAAUUUCCGUGUCAAGUGAAAGGUGGAACCUUUUAUGGGACGGAGGGAUUAUUAUUGAGACCAUAAGUUUAAUCCCCCCGAUCCCAACUACUUGGGACUAAAGUGCUGAUGAGUUAAAUAUACAGUUUUUAUGUUUUUUUGUGCAGGUUCAGAUGUUCCUAGACUGGUCCACCAAGAAAACGUUAAUUCUAAUGUGAUAUUGUUAAGGAAUGAAUUCGCGUGGCUAAUUGGAGGUGCACUACCACAAGAGGAGCUGCAAGAAUGGAAGCUUCUUUACCACAAUGCAGUUCAUGGCUCAAGCUUGAAUACGUUCUUGGGAAAUGUAACAAUUGGCAAAGGUCCAACAGUGUUAAUCAUAAAAGAUAAAAACGGCCAUAUAUAUGGAGGUUAUGCUUCUCAGCCAUGGGAGAGACAUGGUGAAUUUUAUGGAGACAUGAAAUCAUUUAUCUUCCAACUUUACCCAAAAGCAUCAAUUUUUCGCCCCACUGGAGCAAACGGAAAUAUACAGUGGUGUGCUGUAAAUUUCAGUUCAGAAAGCAUUCCCAAUGGCAUUGGGUUUGGGGGCAGAGUGAAUCAUUUUGGUCUGUUCAUCUCAGCCAACUUUGAUCAAGGCCACACUUUCCCAUGCACCACGUUUGGAAGCCCUAGCUUAUCGGCAAGCAACGUGGUAUAUCCAGAAGUGAUAGAAUGCUGGGGAGUCCAAAUCAAGAAAGCCCAUGACGAACCGCAUCAUGAUCGUGUCAAAGGCACAGUUCUUGAAAGAUUUAAAGAGGAUCGCCAUGUACUUAAUAUGGUUGGCCUUGCAAGUUCAAGCGACUGACCUGCCCUGUGUUUUUAGUUGGUUUUGUUCCUUUCCCCUCAUUGUUCGUUACUUACUGCUGAUUACUUGUAUACUGCAAUAUGAGCUUGCUUUGAUUAAAUUAAACUCGUUUGAGCUUGCUAUGAUGCUAUAGAGAACCAGAUACAGCAGUUGUUUUUUACUCUGAGCAAGUAAUGAUUAAAAUGAAUUAGUAUGG